AUGAAGUUUAAAACGGUUUGUCUUAUUUUAUAUUUCCAUUUAAUAGCAACAUCAGUUGCUAUUCCUAGACAAUUUAAUAAUUUGGAGAAUUCGAAAUAUAAUUUUCACUUACAACAUAAACAAAGAAGGAAUAAUGAGCAACUUAAUCAAAUAAUAAAUGAAUUAAAUAACGAUAUUUAUGUGGAUGACAGCAUUGAGCCGUACAAUACAGCACGGUUAACGACAAAUGUCGAUAUAAAUGGUUUCCUUGAUGUAUUAAACAAUUUAAUUGAUAGUGAGGAACACAAUUCAUUGCAGAAUGUCGAAAAUAAUUAUGAUACAUCAGCACAUAUUUCGGAGGAAUUAUCAGGGUAUAUUUCAGAGGAAGAUAGUUUAAAAUUAAAUGAAAGGGAAAGACACAAUUUAUGUUACGAAUGUGGCUUUAAUACAAAAUAUCAAUCAUGGCCAAAGAAUAGAGAAUAUCGAAGUACAGAUCACAGUUUACAUCACAGACAUCACCAUCAUUCAAAUCAUAAACGUCAUCAUCAUCACCCACAUAAACAUAAACAUCAUCAUCAGCAUCACCCUCAUCAUCAUGAUCAUAAACGUCAUCAUCACCGUCAUCAUUACCCAAAUGAUCACAAACAUCAUCACCAUCAUCCGUAUGAUCAUAAAUAUCAUCAGAUCUUCUCAAACUACCCUAGAACGGUUUGUUCUGAGUUUCCAGGUCAAGGAUGUUUUAAUAAUUACUAUGGACAUGGCAGCAUUUCUACGUCGCCAAACGAGUUUAUACAUCAACAAACAAACUUUGGAAUACCGCGCAAUUAUAAUGGACCAGGCAGUCCUUCUACAUCUUUAAAUGGAAUUUUAAACGAACAAACAAAUUUUGGAACACCACACAAUUAUUAUGGACAUGGUAGCUGUUCUACCUUUUCAAAUGGAUGCUUAUAUCAACAAACAAAUUUUGGAAUACCACAUAAUUAUUACGGACAUGGUAGCUGUUCUACUUCUUCAAACGGAUGUAGACAUCCUCAAACAAACUUUGGAAUACCACAUCAAUACAAUCCAACACAGAAUUAUGCAAUGCCUUUUCAAACUUUACCAAGUUUACCUUCUUUCAUAAUCCCAGAAAUACCAACAAUAUCAAGUACAUCAACAACAUCAACGACCCCAUUAACAGUAAUUCAAAGAAUUGUUCCGACUACCACAACCACAGCUGCUACUUCAACAACAACAACUGAAAGAAUAACUCCAACUACCACAAAUCCAACAACAACAACUGAAAUAAUAGUUCCAACUACAACAACAACAACUACCACAACGGAAAAUGUGAUUCCAAGUACUACAACAACAAGUCCAACAUCAACAACAUCAAAUAUAAUUCACAGUAGCACAACAACUGUAAGAACAUCAACAACUCCAUUAACAACAACUGAAAAAAUUGUUCCAAGUACAACAACAACAAUUCUACCAACAACUACUGAAGAAGUAAGAACUACAAUAAAAUCAUCAACUUCAACAUAUUCAGCAACUCAAUCGACAACAACUGAACUUUUCAAUUUAUAUGGGGAUAUACAAAUAGGUGACAAUUCACAAUAUGAAAUAGGUGAUGGUCCACAAUAUGUAAUAGAUGAAGACACACAAUAUUUAACAAGUGAUGAUUCACAAUAUCAGAUAGAUUUUCGUUUACACAAUUGA